UGAAAACAUCCCCAGCUGCCAGGAUAAGGGAACUAACUAACAAUGCUGGAAAUUAAAAAGGUCACCUUUUUAUAAUGGAGCUCUCUCUGCGCACUGUCUCAAUUCCCUCAUUUUCUAAGAGUGGAAAGUCACAAGGACAAGGAAGAAAAAUAUUUAAGGUGUCUUGCGCUCUACCAGAAACAGCGGCUUCUGUGGCAAUUGCUGCCACAGUUGUGGGUGCUGCAGCUACUAUUCUUGUAAGGCGAAAUACUGAGGCUUCUCAGGCCGCUCAGAUUCCUACAAAAGUCUGCGAAGAUUGUGGUGGUUCUGGCAUAUGUUCUGAAUGCAAUGGUGAAGGAUUUGUGCUCAAGAAAUUGUCAGAGGAAAGUGCUGAGAAGGCAAGAUUGACUGCAAAGAAUAUGGCCACUCGAUAUACAGCAGGGCUUCCAAAGAAAUGGAGCUACUGUACAAGGUGCUCUUCUGCUCGAAACUGUAGUACUUGCGGUGGUCGUGGAAAGCUAAGCUACUAGUGAGCUCUAAAAUCUUUUGUUUCUAGUUGAAAAGGGUGCACCCUCCAAUGCAUUAUUAGAAGAUACAUCAAUUUACACUCAGAAGAUUGGAAGUGAUUUAACUUUUUUUAUGUACUUAACUUGCUGGAUGAUGUAUAUGCUUUUGUUAUAAUUGUUCCUUUUUGUUGCAGUGGAACUCGAAAACUUCGUUAAAUGUACCUUAAUAGAUGAGCAUGUGUAUAUCUUUCUUAUA